AUGAAAACUUUGAUCUUGUUAUUGUAUAUUACUCAGUCACUGGAGUUAUUUGUUUCUUCUAGUUCACUUGGUGAAGUGAUCAAUAAACAAGGUGAACGUUGGGAAUUACAAUUGAAAGGCUCAGGUUUAACUCCAUUUUCUCGGCAAGGUGAUGGAAGAAAAGUAUUACGUUCCAGUUUACGAGAGUUUCUAUGCUCUGAGGCAAUGUAUUAUUUAGGCAUUCCAACUACUCGAGCUGCAUCAAUUAUCACAUCUGACACUCUGGUUGAACGUGACAUGUUUUAUACAGGUGAUAAUAUCACUGAAAAAGCCAGUAUAACUAGCAGAGUAGCUAAGACAUUCAUCAGGUUUGGAUCUUUUGAAAUAUCUAAGUCCCCAGAUCCAAUUACUGGGCGUUUCGGACCAAGCGUUGGUAAUUUGACAAUUGUAUCACAACUUACUAAUUACGUAAUACAGCAAUUUUAUCCUCAUAUUUGGUCAGGAUAUUCAAAUGAUAUUAUUAAUUGUUAUGUGGAAUUCUUUAAAGAAGUAGUGAAACGUACAGCUAACCUAGUCGCUCUUUGGCAAACUGUUGGAUUUUGUCAUGGUGUAUUAAAUACAGAUAAUAUGAGUAUUAUUGGCUUAACAAUUGAUUAUGGACCAUUUGGUUUUAUUGAUCAGUUCACUUGGGAUCAUAUAUCGAAUACAUCGGAUCCAAAUGGACGUUAUUCAUAUGCUCAACAACCAAGUGUUUGUGCAUGGAAUUUAGCUCGUCUAGCUGAAUGUUUAAUUCAAGCAUUAAUUGAUCAGCAGAAAUGUUCAUCUGAUAAAACAACGAAUAAAGAAUGCAUAUUUGUUGAUAAUCUUACAAAAAAAUUCACUAAUGUUUUGGACACUACAUAUAUGUCUUGUUUUAAAAGUGUCUAUUUGGAAAGAAUGCGUAAAAAGUAUUACUGUGGUGUGUGCUACUUACAUUAACAUAAGUAGUAUAUGAUGUUAGUCGUGAACAGGUCUGGCAGCAGAGAGACAAGAGGAUCGAACAGUAAACAAUGGAAACAGGAUGCAAUUUGUAUGAAAAUGCAAGAACAAUGAAGUCUGAGUCAUUUUGAGACAAUUGGUGGAUACUUUGCAAAUUAAGCAUUUACUUUAUGAUUGUUAGAUUUUAUGAACAAGUCCUGUAAUUUUGUGUUGAAUACAUUCGAUUGUCCCCACUGGUGUUCUGUUCACUACGUUACUAUUCAAUAAUUGAAUUGUGUAUAUUUAUAUUCCUCUUAUUAUAAGCUUUAUUUUGACGUAUAUAUUAUUAUUGUAUGUUCAGUUUAUUGACUACUGCCUCCCACGUUCACAGCCACUUUUUGGCUUUAUUGUGUACAAAUGUUAUUUCCUAUUUUGUGGUGCGUUGCGGCCUGUUUGAUUGAUAUAUAAACCCAGUAUGUCUGAAAUAAAUUAUUCGAUUCGAUUCUCAUAGUGGGAUCUGGUAUUGGUGUUCCGGACUCAAGUGGACGGGCUAGACGGACGUAGGACCAAUAAGGACGCUAGGCUGCUCAUACCGGUCGAACGUCAUUGGUUUGGCACGGUGAUAAGAUUGUAUAAGUCGUAUUUUGAUUGGUGGAUGAAUCGCGUGAUAAAAAGCCGGACAUAAAGUCACAACAAAAAUGGUAGAAUAUUUAUUUCAAUCAAAAUAUACAGGAUCAUUAGGCCUUUCCGUGUAGCCUAAAUAUUCCUUGGCUAAACAAAAAAGACCUAAUAAUUCUGUGAUUUUAGAUUGAAGUAAAUAUUCUACCUUGUUCCUAUAUUCUUUUUAAAUCUGUGUUAUUUUUAAUCAGAGAGUAGUUUUGCAGAUAUUAUAGUAGUUUAAUAGUUGGAUUCACGAGUCAAUUGAACCUAGACUACCACCGAAAACCUGGAAGCACUAGAUGACCUUUUCGUCCUAGUAUGGGACUCCUC